AUGAUUUUGUUUCGGGUAGGAAAGGAAAAUCAUAAUAUAAAAUUAAAGGGGGUAAUAAAUUUCAAGCUGGAGUUACACACCGACAGAUAUGUGGAUCGGCUUGGUAAUUGCUUUUCCUUGGACACAGGCCAGAUGGCUUUGGAAAGUGAGAUAGCCCCAUUGGAAUCGUGUAUUAGUUACAGUGACUACAAUGAAACGUUCUAUCUAAAUGAGAGUGAAGUUGAUAACCUGCAAUCUGAAAUGGAAUGUAAUAGUGUAGAUGUAGAUGUGAACAUCAGUUCUGAACAAGAAGAAACUUGUAAACGUGAAAGGGGUCCAUACAGAUACUACUCCGAGGUACAGAAGCAAACAUUCUGGCAAUUAGUUAUCGAAGAAGGAGAUUCUGCAUAUAAGGCUGCACAAGCACUCAAUAUCAGUUUACAAACAGCUUCUACUUGGAAAAGAAACUGGAAUCAGCGAGUCAUCUGUGAACUCAAUGGUAUUUACGAAGAACCUAAAAAGCGUGGCGUGCUUAUAGAGACCAAGUAUUUGGUACUUGACAAUGCAGCCAUCCAUAAACGUCGUGAUCUUGAGUUAUUAGUAGCACUGAGUGGAAUGGAGCUAGUGUUUUUGCCUCCUUAG